GUUGCCUCAGCAGUUUCAACUGAGCAUUUUUCUGGAUCAGCAAUCGAGAAAUGCACGCGCCGUGGUGGCGGAAGAUGACAAGCAGGAGUUGUGGGAGGUGGAAGACUUGAUCGAGAGCUGUUCGAAGAUCGCUCGGCAGCUGGCGGAAGAG